CGUGGAGGCCAAAAUAUUGCGUCACAUCCGGUUAAUGGCGGCAGGAGCUGCAGUGUUAGCUUUAGCAGCUAACCGCUAAUAAAAAGUUGUCGUUUACAUUAAAGACGAUUUUAAAUCUCCAGAAGACUUUCGGUGCAGUGUGAGAGAGAGAUCAGAUAGCGACUGCAGUGUGAACGAUGAAUCGGACUCUGUUUGGUGGCGCCAUGUCUGCUGUCCUUCCUCUAAACACCAAAGACAUUAGUGAGUUGAGAGAGAUUCCUGAUAAUCAGGAGGUUUUUGCUCACACCAACACCGAUCAGAGCAUCAUCAUAGAACUGCUGGAGUAUCAGAGUCAUGUGGAUGAUUCAGAAGCCGCAAGGUAUCAUUUUGAGGAUGUAGCAGGCAGUAAUAAGGUGAUGGAGGCAGGGCAGAUGGAGGUGAUAGAGGUGCAGUGUGUCCCUCAGGCUCAGCUCUCUCUCAGCCAGUGCAGCUCAGCCUGGAUCCUCACUGGAGCUCAGCUCGUCUCCAAAUUCAAUGAAGAGGCAAAAAACACAGUGAAUAUCCACCUGUGUUUGUUCCGUGUCCCGCAGUACACCGCUGACAUCCUGAUCACCUUCAAUGACCCGGUCAACAUCAGUCCUUUCAGCAGUAGCAGUAGUGAAGCUGCUGAAUGUGUUUGGACAGUACAGGACUUUCACACACUUGUUCAGUCUUUCCGUCUGCUCGACCCUGGAGUGUUUCUAUAACACACAUCUGUGUAAUAAAUAGAAUUAAUAAAGUAAAAAUAAACAUGUUUCACAUU